AUGAAGAUCACCGGCACCUUUAUGAUCCUCGCCGCCUCGAUGGCCAGCGCCGUCAGCGGCCUGGCGCACCACGCCAACGUCGACGGCAACGGCGCCAUCUACAUCUGCCCACCGGAACGGACGGCGAGUCGGCGCUGUUCCGGUAGCAAAGGAUCUACGGGCAAAGGCGCGCUCGGUGCCGCGUCGGCCGCGCCCCGCAAAGACGCCCGUUGCUGGGGCAUCACCGUCACCUGGGGCGAGUUCCACGCCGGCAAGCCGCAGUAG